GAACUUGAUGGAGAAGUCAACAUUGAAGAGUUGACCAUUUCUGAAAAGAACGCAGCGGUUCUUGCAGAACACCUCCAGAGAAUCAGCUGGGCAGGGCAGCAGCUAUUCUUGCAUCACAACCUUUUCAUGUGAUCGCAGUGAGGUGUAUGGCGGAUUUGUGGGGUCAGGAUGGCCAGUAUACGGGAGUCUUCACUGCAGUUGGAAUAAUAUAUCGGGAGCAAGGGAUCCUGGGCUUCUUCUGUGGUCUAAUACCACGUUUACUUUGUGAUCUGACGGCUCUUUGGCUUGGCAAAACACUAGCUCACGUAAUCAACAAUUACUUAGUAGAAGACAGAGAUCUCAAGCAGUAUGUCUCAGCAUCAAUGAAUUUCCUUGCUGCAGCACUGGUGUAUCCACUGCAAGUAGUGUCGAACUGCAUGGCCAUUUCGGGAAGUGGAUUGGUAGCUGGCUCACCUCCCCAUAUGCCAGUGUUUGAUGGCUGGAUUGACUGCUAUAAACAUCUACGACAGAUUCGAGGACUGAAGCGUGGGUCUUCUUUGCUGUGGCGCACUUAUACUGGCCCAUUGCUCUUAGAUGGAGUCACAAGUAUACCUUCUGUAGAUAUGUUUACCAAAAGUUAGUUCUUCAUCAGGCUUUAAUAAAUAUUGAAGGUAGGGCACUUGAUUGUAUUUGUAUUAAUUUGUCAGUUCUGUUCAAAAGAACAGAGAUAGUCACUAAGUUAGUGUAUAGGAGAUAUCCUGAUUGGAAGCAGUUAUUUAUUUAACUUACAAUAUUUAUUUUUCAUAAAUGGAACAUUGUGACUUAGGAAGUUAUGUGUCAUGGUGUCAACUUUUAUAAAGUAGUCAGAUUUAAUUUAAAUAAGCAGUGACAGUGCAUCUUUUAACAUCCUAUGGACUAAGUACUGUACUUAGAUUUUUACCGUUCAGUAGUUUUAUUAGCAUUAUUUCUUUUUCUACCAAUUUAACAGGAUUUAUGUACACAAUUUGUGAUCGCAAUGAGUAGAGGUGUAGUGUAAGGUUUUGUACACCGUCGCAGUUUUUCAUUGGCAAUACUUUUUGUCCAAGUACUAUUGUAAAAAUUUAUUUCUCAGAAUUGCUUUUUAAUACUUGCCCUACCCUUUUAUAAUAAUAGUACAUAUUUGUAUUGGUUAAUAAGAUUACACUUCAAGGACCACAUUCAACCCAUACCUAUUAUCAGAUGUAAACUUAUAUGUUCAAGUUACUUAGGAAUAGAAAUAGGCGUACCACAGGUUAAUUUUGUUGUGUAUAUUGACUGAAGUAUAAACAAUAUUUCGCAUCUAUUAAAGGCUGAGUGAAAUCGUUUUAUAUUCAUUAAACAAGAUGUUUCUUGAAGUUUUAGGAAUGUUGAGUUUUUGUUCAUUCUAUUUUUGAAUGGUAAUACUGAUGUUGCAUUGUUCCUGCAUAUAGUUCAGAUAUUUAAACAUUGUUGAAGAAAGUGUUCAAGAGUGUUCUGUAUAAAAUGUAUAUGUUAGACUCUAGCUUAAGACCAACAGCUUUUGCACCCUAACUGAAUUUAAGGGUUUGUACAGUUCAUUGUAUACUUGUAGGGUAUUAAUAAAAAGUUUUUGUUUUA